UUUAUGUCCUUAUCUGCAACUGCGGCAGUACCUUCAACAUUGAACUGCGGACAACGGACAAGGCAACGCGCUGGCCAAUCGCAGCCAGCACGACCGUCGAGCAGGAUGUAUCGUGCUGUAUGGCAUCACGGCAUCUAUCGGCGUCACCUGCGUUUGAUUGGUCCGGUCCCAGUCGCACGAGGCGGCCCGUGCGCUACACCGCUCUCUGCAGCCAACGCCUGCCUCUAAUCGUAGUCCCGCGAGUACAAAAAAAUGGGAGCGUGUCCAGGACCAGCAUACGGUAUUGCUUGGAUGACAGCUGGGAAUGUACAUUUGCACGAUUGGACAAACUGCUAAACGACGCAUCGCGUCAUCCAGUGAACGGACGGAUUCAUCUGCCACUGGACAACAAGGAGGCAUCCAGCAUCACCAUCGACAACCUCCCCGUCGUGCAGACGAAUUCAGGCGAAGCGGCAACGUUUCACUGUCCCCUGCAGUUGACACCCAACACUACGGAGACGCCGACCAUAGUCUGGGUUCACAAGGGCCAAGUGCUGGCUGUCGUCCGAAGCAGCGGCAUUAACGUCACCGCCGCCUACGACGUCAGUCACGCUGUCAACAUAACGGCAGCCUUCGCCACGCUGAUGAUGAAGAACCUCAGCUGGAGCGAUCGAGGUAUCGUGGAGUGCCAAAAUAAUUGCCCGGAUGAUCCGUCCCGCUUCUGCCGGCUACAGGCCUUCCGCCUGCGGGUGGCGCCCACCCGUAGCGAAAUCUUCCCACUCCCGAUGGCCAACGUCACAGUCAAGUGGGCGUCAGAAGCCCGCUUCCACUGCGGGACCGGCUUCACCCAUCCGCUGGAGGCUUUCGACAGGCUCCACGGUUUCAUCUGGCGUUUUAACCGGCAGUGGCUGGAAGCGCCCCAAAAACACCCGCUGCGUGAUUUAAUCUAUACUGAUCCCGACCAGCGUCACUUUCGCCUGUAUGUUCCCUUCGACGCGCGCCAUGAGGCGCUUGAAACGCUGUCAACCUACGAGGUGCAGUACAGUCACCAGGGGAACGUCGCCAGCACGCUGAUUAUUCCCAAAGUGGACGCGCGACGCCCGGCGCGCAUCGAGUGCUGGGUGCGGCCGGAUUAUACGCGCGAGGUGUGGGUUAUGCAGACGGCCUACCUUCACAUCGUGGAAGUACCUGUCCGUCCCGGACCGGGUGAUGAGAGCCGUGGAAACAGAAAAUCCCACAAAUUCCAGCGUCAUGAAGGCGUUUGAGGGCAUCUUUCUUCAUCUUAACGAUUUAAGAUACGACGUCAGCAUCGGAGCUGUCCUGAGCUGUGUGAAUGUUUUGACGAACAGCAGAUGACCGUUCAGACAGAUCGAGGGGCAAAAUAGCCUUGCUUUCCAAACUGGCAGCGCUGACUAAGUCUCUUGGUGGUACCUGUAACUGCAAAAUGGCAUAUACCAUAGAGUGAAACGUUG